AUGGAACUUGCUUGUACAGAUGAAGGGCAUAAUGGUGUUGAAUCUGAAGAGAAAGACAAAGAUUACUCGCAAACUAAUAGCACAGCGGCAGAACCGGAAAGAAAAUUUAUUGAUGGCAAAUGGUAUUGCCUAAAUGGUGCAGAUGGUUUUUUGGUAUAUGAAGAAAAUAACUGGAUCUCGGCUAAAGAUGAUGAUAUAAGACAGAAAUGGGAUGCUACACUUCCGUUUACAGCAUCUGGCAGUAAUCCAAUAAAAUGUGUUGUUGAUGGUGUGGUAAUGGAAUGGAAUCAAAUCAGUCAACAAUGGUUACCGAAAGUAGAUAUAGACGAAAAUUUUUUGGCACAGUACCAUAGCAACUAUGGCAUCAAUUAUGAUUUCAAUGCAAAUGAAGGUACAACUUCUAUUGAAAGAAGUGAAAAAACAGAAAAGAAUGCAGCUGUGCAAAAAAAGCAUAAACUGCAUGACAAAAAGGAAGAGCAAGGUUGGGUCGAACUUGAAGAGGAUAAAAAUACUGCGGUUUAUGUCUCUAAUUUGCCGCUAAAUUUUACAGAGGAAUCGUUCAUUGGAUUGAUGAGUAAAUGUGGGGUCAUACAACGGGAUGCAAGGACGAAUAAGCUAAAAAUAAAAUUGUACAGGAAUGAGGAUGGCACUCUAAAAGGAGAUGGUAGAUGCUCUUAUAUUAAGAAAGAGUCAGUUGUAAUGGCUCUGGACAUUUUGGAUGGCUGGAAUGUAGAAGGUAAAAUCAUCUCAGUUGAAAGGGCUAAGUUUCAAAUGAAGGGCGAGUUUGACCCAUCAAAGAAAAAAAAGAAGCUCACAGCAGCUCAGAAGAAGCGUUUCAUUGAAAGUCAGGAGAGAAUUUUCGAGUGGAAACCAGAGAAACCCCGAAACUACCGUCCAAUUAGUGACUGUACAGUUGUGAUGAAGAAUAUGUUCACUAUAGAGCAAAUGAUGAGUAAUGCUGCUUUAGUGCUAGAUUUAGAAGAAGAGAUUAGAAAAGUUUGUGAAAGAUUCGGGACUGUCAAGAAAAUCGUCGUUCACGACAAUAAUCCGGAAGGUGUCAUUUGUGUCACUUUCCAAAACGUGGAAUACUCUGACUCAGCAGUUCGUUCUCUCAACGGUCGCGUUGUAGAUGGUCGUGCAAUUUCUGUAGCACUAUGGGACGGGAAAACAAAAUAUGCAAUGUAA